AUGACCCAUGCAUCACUCUACAUCAGGAACUUGAACACCGGCAGGAAUUACACGCUUGAGUGGUACUCCUUCUUUCAUUUAAAGAACUGCGGAAGCCCGAAAAUCCUAGGUGAAGACUCUCUCCUCUGGUGCAACCAGGGUGGGUCCUGCUUCAUGGACCACGUGGUACCCCGACUGGAGACGGGGGAGCGGUUUCUCGUGGCGACUAUAACAGGUACGACAUUCAACUCCUUUGCCGACUGGGUGCGACACGACAACAAUACUCUGGUCUUUGGACAAAUGAACUACAUCGCUACGUCUCCAGAGGGACAACUGUGGUUUGAAGCAAAUGAUUGCGGUACGUUUGUUAUACGUGCGUAUGAGGCACUAUUCGACUUGGGAGUCACGUUCCGCCAGACUAGACAGCCGUACUACAGUCGCAGCUACAUCUCCGCGAAGCAGCCAACAUUCCUGGGCAGCCAGACAGACAUCUUUGGCCCAACCGGAAACCAGGCACUAGCCAGGAACCUCGUCAAGUAUUACCAAUUAGACGGCCGUACAGAGUUAGACAUGGAGUAUGGUUACAUGUACUUCAAUCAAGCCUAUUGGAACUACACAAAGCUUAACACUGGUCAUAUAAUCACCAAUGUGAUGGUUCCACUUCCUGGUGGUUCGUCUUAGUUCAUUCGGAUGCGAUCGGCUAUUUCCGCGACCUACAUCAUUAUUCGGGUUCUGUUCAGUGACUGUAGAAUGUGUGCAUUUAUGGUUAAUUGUAAUUACACAACUUUACAUCUCGCGACUUUUAUGUAGAGACACUAAUACCACCAGAUUGUGUGGUGUUAUGCGAUAGUCAUGUGAAAUAGUGACCCUAGAAGACCCAAAUUCAACAUAUACUACUCAAAAGAUUAUGAAGAAAAACGGAUGUUUUCUAUGCCUCAUCUAAUGGCCAAACGAAAAGAUCCGAAUUUCAUUAACAUCUUUUGAACAACUUGUUUGAGUGGCAUUUAGAAGUUGGUGUGAUGAACA